CUGUCUUGGUUUUAGGGAGCACCCUAUACGGGGAGCAGCCCCUUCGCGUGCAGAAGUCAGGGGAAGAUUGCUACCGGCUGGCAGGAUGCCGGUGCAGCUGACAACAGCCCUGCGUGUGGUGGGCACCAGCCUGUUCGCCCUGGCAGUGCUCGGUGGCAUCCUGGCAGCUUACGUGACAGGCUACCAGUUCAUCCACACAGAAAAGCACUACCUGUCCUUCGGCCUGUACGGCGCCAUCCUGGGCCUGCACCUGCUCACCCAGAGCCUGUUUGCCUUCCUGGAGCACCGGCACAUGAGGCGGGCAGGCCGGCCGCUGAAGCUGCCCUCCCAGCCGCGGCGCUCAGUGGCGCUCUGCAUCGCUGCCUACCAGGAGGACCCCGACUACCUGCGCAAGUGUCUGCGCUCAGCCCAGCGCAUCGCCUUCCCCAACCUCAAGGUGGUCAUGGUGGUGGACGGCAAUCGGCAGGAGGAUGCCUACAUGCUGGACAUCUUCCAUGAGGUGCUGGGCGGCACUGAGCAAGCUGGCUUCUUUGUGUGGCGCAGCAACUUCCAUGAGGCGGGUGAGGGCGAGACGGAGGCCAGCCUGCAGGCGGGUAUGGACCGUGUGCGGGACGUGGUGCGCACCAGCACCUUCUCAUGCAUCAUGCAGAAGUGGGGAGGCAAGCGAGAGGUCAUGUACACAGCUUUCAAGGCCCUUGGCGAUUCGGUGGACUACAUUCAGGUGUGUGACUCUGACACUGUCCUGGAUCCAGCCUGCACCAUUGAGAUGCUUCGAGUCCUAGAGGAGGACCCCCAAGUAGGAGGAGUCGGGGGAGAUGUCCAAAUCCUCAACAAGUAUGACUCAUGGAUCUCCUUCCUGAGCAGUGUGCGGUACUGGAUGGCCUUCAACGUGGAGCGGGCCUGCCAGUCCUACUUUGGCUGUGUGCAGUGUAUUAGUGGGCCCUUGGGCAUGUACCGCAACAGCCUCCUCCAGCAAUUCCUGGAAGAUUGGUACCAUCAGAAGUUUCUAGGCAGCAAGUGCAGCUUUGGGGAUGACCGGCACCUCACCAACCGAGUCCUGAGCCUGGGCUACAGGACUAAAUAUACAGCGCGCUCCAAGUGCCUCACAGAAACCCCCACCAAGUACCUCCGGUGGCUCAACCAGCAGACCCGCUGGAGCAAGUCUUACUUCCGGGAGUGGCUCUACAACUCUCUGUGGUUCCACAAGCACCACCUCUGGAUGACCUACGAAUCAGUGGUCACAGGGUUCUUCCCCUUCUUCCUCAUAGCCACAGUCAUACAGCUUUUCUACCGUGGCCGCAUCUGGAACAUUCUCCUCUUCCUGCUGACGGUGCAGCUGGUGGGCAUUAUCAAGGCUACCUAUGCCUGCUUCCUCCGGGGCAACGCAGAGAUGAUCUUCAUGUCCCUGUACUCCCUUCUCUAUAUGUCCAGCCUCCUGCCAGCCAAGAUCUUUGCCAUUGCUACCAUCAACAAGUCCGGCUGGGGCACCUCUGGCCGAAAAACCAUUGUGGUGAACUUCAUUGGCCUCAUCCCUGUGUCCAUCUGGGUGGCAGUCCUUCUGGGAGGACUGGCAUACACAGCUUAUUGCCAGGAUCUGUUCAGUGAGACGGAGCUAGCCUUCCUUGUCUCUGGGGCCAUCCUGUAUGGCUGCUACUGGGUGGCCCUUCUCAUGUUGUAUCUGGCCAUUAUUGCCCGGCGAUGUGGGAAGAAGCCAGAGCAGUAUAGCUUAGCUUUUGCUGAGGUGUGACAUAACCCUCAAGCAGAGCCGGAAAAGUGCAAUGGGUAAGGGAGGGAAGGGGAAUGGAAGAGAAAAG